AUGCCCCUCAGGCUAUCCAGAGCUUGCUAUGCCCGCAUUGCGCCUAGGGCCCUAAGAGGGUCGAAGCCAGCACCGAAACGUUCAUUGUCCAGCGCUGAGGGACCAUUGGAACCACCCUUGUCGAACAAAACUCUACCACAAUUCUGGAGGACAGAAAUCCUGGAGAAACAUAGUACCAGACCUGCCCUUAUUGCGUGUAAAGAACGUCCUCGAGCCCACGGAGGGCCACCGUCACCCAACCUUGGGGUUUCAGAUCGAUUGGCAUGGGACUACGAAGAGUUCAACCGACAUAUCGACGCGUUGGCUAGGGGCCUCCUAUGCAUGGGUGUCCAGAAGGGUGACAGGGUUGCUGUUAUCAUGGGUAACACUAGUGCCUAUGCGAUGCUGCAGUGGGCUUGUGCAAGCAUCGGCGCAAUUCUGGUCACGAUCAACCCCGCUUACCGACUCCACGAGCUCGUAGGCGCUCUCCAACUCGUCGGUGCAAAGCACCUAUUCGCCGUACCCAGUAUCCGAUCCUCCCACUAUGUCCGCAUGCUCUACGAGCUCUUCCCACAGGCUCGAAGCAUGCACCCAGGCGAACUCCAACUCGAGGAGCUACCGGAGCUUAAGAACAUUGUCAUGAUUGACAACGCAAACGAGGGCCAGGCCAUGCUUAAUGAGUUGGUGAUUCGCAGCGUAGUUGAUUGGAGGGAAGUACUACUGUGGUCAACGACGAGCCGUGAGGCACGGCUGCAGCAGGAGAUUGAAGCUUCGUUGGAUAAAGACGAGGUCAUCAACCUGCAGUUUACCAGUGGCACCACUGGCCUCCCUAAAGCUGUCUCGGUAGGCGCUUCCUGCAACGUCCCACCCCUCUUCCACUGCUUCGGCCUCGUACUCGGAAACUUGGCAUGCUGGACACACUCAGCUUGCAUCGUCUACCCAUCCGAGAUCUACGAUCCAGCCGCUAUCGUGGACGCAGUCUCAAAGGAGCGCUGUACCGCUCUGCACGGCGUCCCCACACACUUCCUCGGCGUUCUAGCCGAAGUGGAGAAACGCAAGAAGGAAGGCGAAAAACUCGACUUUACGAAUCUAAGAACGGGCAUUGCAGCAGGCUCUCCUAUACCCAUCGACCUCAUGCGCCGCCUGAUCUCCCAAAUCAACCUCACAGAGCUGACCGUGGCAUACGGAAUGACCGAAACGAGCCCCGUCUCUUUCCAAACCACGUCCACUGACCCCCUUCUCAAACGUGUUGAGACCGUCGGACGCAUCAUGCCUCACGUUAAAGCACGUAUCGUCUCUCCCGAUGGAGAGACUGUACCUAUCGGAGUUCCGGGCGAGCUCUUGGUCUCUGGGUACCUCUUGCAGAAGGGGUACUGGGGUGACGCGGAGCAGACGGAAAAGGUGAUGAAGAAAGACAAAGAUGGUGUUCUGUGGAUGCAUACCGGGGACGAGGCUGUCAUGGACGAGGAAGGGUACGUCAGGAUUGUAGGGAGGAUCAAGGAUAUCAUCAUUCGCGGAGGAGAGAAUCUCUUCCCUGUGCAAAUCGAGAACACACUAACAGCUCAUCCGUCCAUCAAAGAAGCAGCAGCCGUGUCUGUACCGGACAGCAAGUAUGGAGAGGUCGUUGGGGCAUGGAUUGUCCGUGAGCCAGGUGAGAGACCGGUGACCAUGCAGGAAGUGAGGGAUGUCGUUUGGAAAGGGAUGAAUCCUCAGAACGCCCCGGCAUGGGUCUGGUUCAUUGGCGAGGACGGCAACCCUGCCGAAUUGCCCAAGACUGCCAGCGGGAAGGUCAUGAAGCACGUCUUGCGGGAGUGGAGCAAGGAAUUGGCACAGAAGGAUGUUGGGCGAGUGCAGUAA